AUGGACGUAAUUGUCGUUUUAGAUUCAUGUGGCAGUCACUAUGGUCCUGUCAUUGAGCGAUUUGAAUUCAAGAUUGAAACCUUCCCGGAACUAGAGAAGAUUGCUCCUCUUAUGUACUUGACUUUCGGAGUUGGAACUGGAAGCGACUUGAGUCUGGCUCUUGCUUUGUCAUGGCUUCUUUACAGUUCAAGAACAGGAUUCCGCAGGACGGAUUCUCUGAUCAAGGUUUUAACGCUCUAUACUGUCAAUACGGGGAUGAUUGUAGCAAUUGACGCGUCCCUGGGUUUGAUUCUUUAUAUCAUCAUGCCUAACAACUUUAUCUUCCUCGGUUUUUACCUUCUUUUAAGCAAACUGUAUGUGAAUGCAUAUCUCGCAACGCUGAAUGCUCGUGAAGCCUUGAGGCAAAACGACCUGACGUCUAUGAAUAUGACUUCUCUACCUACGUCGCGAAUGUUUUCCGACAUAGAGAACAUCUCCCCCACUGUGCUUGAGAAGUCCCCCACGACUCGGACAGAAAACCCUAGAUUGGCGAUAUCUAUCCAGACUUUGAUUGACAAGCAAAUCGAGUCUGAAAACUCACCAUCAGUGUUAUCAAUGACACAUCCUGACCCAGAUUCAGAACGUAUUCCCCGCGCCUUCUGA